AUGGAGAGGGAAAUGAAUGUAACAUAUGUAACUCUUGGUGGGCAUGUUGAAGUAGACAAAUACAGAUAUGUUUAUUUUUUGAUCAUGUUCACAGCAUAUAUUCUAAUAAUCUGCAGUAAUUCUAUUAUUGUGUACCUUAUCUGGUUCCACCAAAACCUCCAUGAGCCUAUGUACAUUUUCAUUGCAGCGUUGUUAGUGAACUCUGUUCUCUACAGCACUAAUAUCUACCCAAAGCUUUUGGUUGACUUUUUAUCUGAAAAACAGAUCAUAUCUUAUUCAGCUUGUCUCUUUCAGUGUUUUCUAUAUUACUCUUUAAACAGUUCAGAGUUCUUACUGUUGGCAGCCAUGUCCUAUGACAGAUAUGUGUCUAUAUGUAAACCUCUGCAAUAUCACACUAUCAUGAGAAAAACAACAGUCCGCAUCUUUCUGGGUGUAGCUUGGUUUGCGCCUGCUUGUCAGAUUGCAGUUACAGUAUCAAUUGGGGCCCUUGCUAAACUCUGUAACUUUACUUUGAAAGGGAUCUUUUGCAAUAAUUUAAUUUACAAACUUCACUGUGUGAGCUCAAUAGGACUCACUGUGUACGGUUUGAGUAUCUUUUUCAAUGUUACAAUUCUCCCUUUGGCUUUCAUAAUCUUUUCAUACACAAAGAUAUUCAUUGUACUGUACCACAGUUGUAGAGAAGUGAGGAUGAAAGCUGCACAGACCUGCAUACCUCAUCUGUUGGUUUUAAUCAGCUUUUCUUUUCUGUUUACUUAUGAUAUUGUUAUAGUUAAACUGGAAAUUGAGUUUCCAAAAACUACACAUUUAAUAAUGACUUUACAAGUGAUUUUGUAUCAUCCUCUGUUAAAUCCAAUCAUUUACGGACUCAAAAUGAAAGAGAUUAAUAAACACAUAAAGAGGUUGUUCUGUCUAAAUAAACUGAAAAAAUGUAUCAACAUAUGA